AUGGUUCACCUCAGCGCGAUUGUGAACGGCAAUGCCGAUGCUUCCAGCUCCGGCGACAAGGUUUCCAAGCUGGCUGACCAGGCUGCCAGCCUGUUGCGUCUGUCUUCGGAUGCCGAUGACAUGACCACGAGUGUGUACGGCUCUCGUUUCGCCGAGCAGGACCUCCCCAAGUUGGAGAUGCCUGAGCGUGCCAUGCCCCGCGAGGUUGCCUACCGGAUGAUCAAGGAUGAUCUCAGUUUGGACAACAACCCCAAGCUCAACUUGGCCUCCUUUGUCACCACUUACAUGGAAGAAGAAGCCGAGAAGCUCAUGGCCGACUCGCUUUCCAAAAACUUCAUCGACUACGAGGAAUACCCCCAGUCGGCCGACAUCCAGAACCGCUGCGUCAACAUGAUUGGCAAGCUCUUCCACGCACCUAGCGGCACCUCUGUCGGCACCUCGUCCGUCGGCUCGUCCGAAGCCAUCAUGCUCGCCGUCCUGGCCAUGAAGCGUCGCUGGAAGAUGCGCCGCCAGGCCGAGGGCAAGAGCACCGACCGACCCAACUUGAUCAUGUCGUCCGCCGUCCAAGUCUGCUGGGAAAAGGCGACUCGCUACUUUGAAAUCGAGGAAAAGUUCAUCAACUGCACCCCGACACGUUUCGUCAUUGACCCAGAGGAGAUGGUGGCCAGCUGCGACGAGAACACCAUUGGCUGCAUUCUCAUCCUGGGAACCACGUACACGGGUGAUUACGAGGAUGUCAAGGCCGUGAAUGACCUGCUGGUGCACAAGAACCUCCAUGUUCCCAUCCACGUCGACGCUGCCAGCGGCGGCUUCGUCGCCCCCUUUGUGGUGCCCGAUCUGCAGUGGGACUUUAGAUGCGAAAAGGUCGUGUCCAUCAACGUAUCCGGCCACAAGUACGGCUUGGUGUACCCCGGUGUCGGCUGGGUCGUCUGGCGAGCCCCCGAGUACCUGCCCCAAGACCUCGUCUUCAACAUUGACUACCUCGGAGCCCAGCAAUCGUCCUUUACGCUCAACUUUUCAAAGGGCGCCUCCCAGGUCAUCGGCCAGUACUACCAGCUCAUCCGGCUCGGCAAGCAGGGCUACCGCGCCAUCAUGAGCAACCUCACCCGCACGGCAGACUACCUCAGCGACUCCCUCCAGGAGCAAGGCUUCGUCAUCAUGUCCAAGCGCUCGGGCCGAGGCCUCCCCCUCGUCGCCUUCCGCUUCGCAGGGCCAAACGACAAGGACGGCCGAGACGGCCGGCACUACGACGAGUUCGCCCUCGCGCACCAGCUGCGAUGCCGCGGAUGGGUCGUCCCCGCCUACACCAUGGCCCCCAACACCAACAAGAUGAAGAUGCUGCGCGUGGUGGUGCGAGAAGACUUUACCCGGGCCAGGUGCGACGUGCUCAUUGAGGACAUCAAGCUGUGCAUGGGCAUGCUGGAGGAAAUGGACCGAGACGCCGUCAAGACGCAGGAGGAAUACGUCAAGACGCACAUGCUUUCCUCGGGGAAGCCUCGAAAUGCCAAGCACGCCACCCACCACUACAAGAACGAGGGCCACUCUCUGCAAGGAAAGACGGGAAAGACGCACAGCGUUUGCUAG